UUUCACCCCUGUAAAGCUGUUGAUGGAUCAACAGAAGGAGCUCAGUAAAAUGUCAUGUUGACUCUGGACUAAGUUCUAAAAGGAAAUAUAGCACAAGAAGCAAACUGCACUUUACCGUAUGCACCAUGAUUUCAGUAUGCUGGAGGUCUGGAUACAGACGAAUCAAGGGCUCAUACCACAGGAAAGAAAAGGAUGAGGAAGCAGAAGAAGGGAAAAUUCACAAUUCUGUUAAGGUGAACCACAAGAAAAAAGAUCUUCAGGAAACACAUGAAAGCCUGGACUAUCUACCCUCACACAGUGAAGUCUAUAAGACAUGGCUAAAGGAAAAUCCACACAGUUCAGACUGGGAUCGCUGGCUGAUGAUGGCAUUUAUUGGAGUUGUGGUUGGCAUAGUGGGAUUCUUAAUGCAUCAAAUUAUCGAUACUCUUUUUGAAAGGAAGUGGGAGCUUGUUGAACACUAUAUCAAGCAUGAGGACUUUUUAACAACAUGGCUGAUUGUUCUUGGGAUCAGCCUUGGUAUGGUCUUUUGUGCAUCAAACCUUAUAUUGUUUUUAUGUCCUUCUGGGUCACCCAGUGCUCUCCCUGAAGUCAUUGGGUACUUAAAUGGAGCAUCACUGAAGCAUAUCUUUAAUAUAAGAACAUUUUUUGGAUCAUUUUUGUCAUGUGCAUUAGCAGUAUCAGCAGGACUCUUUUGUGGCCCAGAAGCCCCAAUGAUUCAUGUUGGAGCUGUGGUUGGGUAUGGUCUGAGCCAGUUUAAAUCAGACACACUGCGAAUAAAACUUCCAUUCUUUACAAGAUUUCGGAAUUCAGCAGAUAGGAGGAAUUUCAUCACCGCUGGUGCAGCUGCCGGAAUUGCCUCUGUCUUUCGGGCUCCUGUUGGAGGGCUUCUCUUUGCUUUAGAGGAGGUGGCAUCCUUUUGGGACCUGAAGUUGGCUUGCCAAACAUUUUUCUGCUGUUUAGUUUCAUCUCUCACUACAGAAUUGUUUUCAUCUUCAUUUGGAGGAUUUGUAUAUCAGGGUUAUUUUGGAUUUUUCAAAGCGGAGCAAAGAAUUAUAUUUUGGGUGAAAGACUUUUUGGAUAUGAGUGUAUUGGCCUUUAUCCCCUGUAUUAUCAUAGGAGUAAUUGGUGGUUUACUGGGUGCCCUGUUUGUGUUUCUAAAUGUAAGAAUCAAUAAAUUUCGUCUGAAGCUGUUCAACUCAAUAUCUCACAAACUUCUCAGACAGCUGAGCAAGCUACUUGAAACUUUGGUCUUGCUGAUGGUGACUAUCACUAUCACAGUGUAUGUGCCAUAUUUCUUCUCCUGCACUCCAGACCCAACAACCACCCAUUCCACAAACUCAUCUGAUAAAUCACAUGAUUCACAUGGAUUGUGGGAUGUCUCAGAAUAUAAUUGUCCUGAUAGUUCUACGUCUGGAUCACAGGGAGCAUUGAAUCAUACUAUAAACCAAGCUGCUGCUCUGCUGGUGGGAAAUGGGAAACAUGGUAUCAUGCUUCUGUUCCAGCGAGGAACUCACAUGAAGUUUGGACUUCAAGCUCUUCUUACGACUCUGAUAUUUUACUUUCUUAUUUCCUGUUGGACUGCUGGAGCCGCAGUUUCCACUGGACUCGUUGUACCCAUGCUCUACACCGGUGCUAUUCUUGGGAGAAUUGUUGGUCUUAUUCUGGUGUACUUGUUUGGAGUCCAAAGUAAUGAGUAUGGAAAAUGGAUUGAUCCCGGCCUUUUUGCAGCCAUUGGUUCAGCAGCCUAUUUUGGCGGUGUUUCCCGACUGACCAUUUCCCUUACUGUCAUUAUGGUGGAAAUAACAAAUGAUGUGCAGUCCAUCCUGCUGAUCAUGGUGGCAGUAAUGAUUGCAAAAACGGUUGGCGAUUACUUUAACCAUUCUCUCUUCAGUUCCUUGUUGCAUCUUAAGUGUAUUCCCCAUUUGGAGGCAGACCCCUAUGUAGUCAAUGGCAAAAAGAGGGUAAACCUGGAGCUCUUCACUGCUCGAGAUGUUAUGAAGCCUUGCACAGUUGUCCAACUACGGGAAAGUGUUUCUUCAUUGGUUGAUCUUCUGAUUAACACAAGCCACAAUGCCUUCCCUGUGGUCCACAGCCCAACACCUGGCCAGAUUGAGGUUUUCCUAGGGACCAUUACAAGGAUGGAGUUGUACAUGUUGCUUUCCAACAGUCACACAUUCCAAACUACAGAGGAUGAUAUCGGUUUCAAAACUGUACUCCAGUACCAGCAGGUAACGGUGGAAAAGCUUCCUGAUGAGGCUCAGAUGAACACAUUGCUGAACAAAUACUCUGCAGACCCUCAGUAUCAGCAACUCUUCAUCAAUCUGGAACCAUAUAUUAAUAAGUCAGCCGUGUGCGUCCAAGCUCAUUUCUCUCUGCAGCGGGCUUACGUUGUGUUCCGAACUCUGGGACUGCGCCACCUGACAGUUGUAGAUCUUCAGAACAGAGCAGUUGGGAUGAUCACUAGGAAAGAUCUGAUAUCUUUGCGGCUGGAGAAGAGACUGAUUAAAUUGGACUCUGGAAGACAGGAUUCAGAUGAAGAGCUCUUAAGAUAGAAAUGAAUAUGAGGUAUUCUGAGGCCACGGUGAAUGAAGUGAAAAAUACAGAGAUGUUGGCAGUAUACCCCAGUAGUCUCAACUACGAGAACUUUUGUCACAGCAGCAAAAUCAUUUGCUGGGAAGUGUGAAAAGAUAGAUGAGACUUUUCUAUUUUAUUGUUACAAUAUCCUGUGCGGCAUUAUGUAAAGAAAUGUAGCCUGAAAUACGUAUAUGUUCCAGAAUGUAAGAAAUACUGCAUACACAUUUUCUCAUGCUUUGCUUCUGACAACUUCAAUAAACUCUGAAUCAGCCGCUUGA